CAUCACCGUCAGCGGCUCCGCUACAAAGUGGACGCGUGAUAAGCCAUAUCGCCUAGUAGGUGGCCUCUCGUCGUCGCUUGUACGUCCUCGAGACGAGCUGAACAAUGACCAUGGAGAACGAGAAGAAGCAAGAUGAGGGCUCGUCUCCUGAGCUGUCUCCCAAGGUGACCAAAGAGGAGUAUGAGAGCGAGACCCAUCCGACCACGCUCGUCCAAAAGCAAGCUGGCAUUUGGAAGGUCGAAGCAGCAGCUUCGGUUUGGGGGCCCAUCAGCAAAACGUUACUAUGGUGCGGUAUCGUGUUAGCCAGUUAUAUGUAUGGCCUGGACAACAACACCAACUGGGAGUGGGGCACCUAUGCCACAAACGAAUUCGGCCAUGCAAACUGGUACAGCGCCAUUCAAUGCGCCAUGGCGAUCCUACUGGCCCUGGGCAAGCCCUUCUUUGCCAAGAUUACCGACGUCAUUGGACGGGCAGAAGCAUAUGCUGUUUGCCUUUUCUUCUACUGCUUGGGAUAUAUCAUCUGCGCCAGCUCCCAGAACAUGGGUACGCUCGGUGCCGGUCUCGUCAUCUACGAGAUUGGGUUCUCAGGCCUGCAGAUCGCGAUCCAAAUCGUUAUCGCUGAUUUGACACCACUGAAGUACCGUGGCCUCGUCAGCGCAGCAACUUCGAUGCCAUACUUCAUCAAUUUCUAUGCCGGCUCCGUGAUCGCAGCUCAGGUCGUCUCGAGCCCUCGCCUCGGCUGGCGGUGGGGAUAUGGCAUCUAUUGCAUUUGCUUCGUAUUCGCCAUCGGCCCUAUCAUCAUGGUUCUCUUUUGGGCACAGCACCGUGCGAAGAAGAUGAACCUGGUGGUCAGGGACGCCGUGGCGGGCGAUACAUUCCUACGAAAGGCGUGGAACUUCGCCAUUGAGGUCGACGCCGUUGGCAUGUUCUUCCUCGGCGCAUCGAUCACGUUGAUCUUCCUGCCCCUGGUGCUGGCCGGCGGAACGUACGCCACCAUCACCUGGAAGAAUCCUAUGGUCCCCUCAAUGAUGGUCAUUGGUGGUGUGAUCUGCAUUCCCGUAUUUACAUACUGGGAGAUCAAGCACGCAGCCUUCCCAAUUGUCCCUUUCCGCCUGUUCGCCAACAGGACUGUCUUCGCUGUGUGCAUCAUCGGCUUGUUUGACUUUAUCUCCUUCUAUCUUACAUGGUCGUAUCUUUAUACGUUCACGUACGUCGUUACGGACUGGAGCGUCACGAACAUGAACUACUAUAGCAACUGUCAAUCACUCUGUCUUACGUUCUUCGCUCUCCUAUGGGGCGCAGUCGUUGCCAUCUUCCAAGGAAACAUCGGAUACAAGUGGGCCCUGUUUUGCUCGCUCGGUCUUCGACUGAUCGGUGUCGGAAUUAUGUUCUACGCACGCUCUCACUACAACACCGCUGCGCUCGUCAUGACGCAGAUCAUCCAAGGUGCUGGUGGAGGAAUUGCUGCGAUGUCUUCGCAGGUCGGCGCGCAGGGUGCUGUACCCCACCAAGACAUGGCUGUUGCAACCGCCGCAAUUCUGUUGUUCGCCGAAAUCGGCGGCGUGAUCGGCCUAGCUGCAUCCGGGUCAAUGUGGAACAACGUCCUGCCAGACAAGCUGGAAGCGCAAGGGCUCAACUCGACAAUCAUCACGGAAGUUAUUGGUUCUUACACGUACGCACGCACGUAUCCCGAUGACAUCCGCGACAAGCUCCGUAUUGCGUAUGGAGAUGCAAUGCACGAGAUGCUGAUCCCUGCCAUCGUGCUCUCGGUUGUUCCGCUCCUGACAGCGCUGGCUGUUCGCAACUUCAAGCUGAAUAGCAGGCAGAAUGCUGUGGAGGCAAUAGACGUAUCAGGGAAGCCUGUGCCGGACGAAGAGGCUCGAGACUGAGGUCCACACUAGUAUCAAUCGGUCCGUUUACUGUUCUUGAUGUAAUGUAUGCGCUAUUUCGGCAAGCGUAUCAUGUAUCUUCCAUAUAUAAGCGGUCCUUCAUAGAAUCACCCACAGGUCUUACUGUUUUACUAAAGUUUCAAUGUAAACAAAUCU